AUUCAUUCACUCUCAGUAACUUGAAAACACAACAAUGGUUGAGCGAAUUUCAGAGCUGCCCAGCGAGCUCACGCGGCAAUAUACUGCAGAAGGGACGCAGUUGUUCUACCAGCGCGGACCGUCGGUUGGCAGUGGGACACUCGUGGUCGCACAUGAUGCAUUGUACUGGUGGAACAGUGCUGCAGGGGAAGGGCUUAGCGUGCCAUACCCGUCCAUUGCCAUCCAUGCGAUCUCAACCGACCCGGCCUCCUUCUCGCAGCCGUGCAUCUAUCUGCAGACGGACGGAGGUGACGAUUAUGAAAACGAUGACGAAGACGACGACGAGGGCGAUGGCGAUGGCGCUGAUGGCAACCUACGUGGAGUUAGCUGGCCACCAUCCGAAGUCUGGUUGGCACCGGCAGAUCCCAGCUCAUUGCAAGCCAUUUUUGAGGCCUUGUCGGCAUGUCAAGCCAUGCACCCAGACCAGGAUGCCAGCGAUGACGACGAGGAACUUGACGAAGAAGAAGCAGAGGCUCGCCUGGAUCACCUCGACUCGGUCUUCCAGAUCACCUCCACGUCACAGUUUGACGCAAUGACCGAUGAUCGUUUUGACGACGCCGAAGACGAUGGUGAGGAGGGAGCAGAGGACACCGCGAACGGCGAUCUGCACGAGUGAUUCGAUGAAAUACAAACUUUGCAAAAUUAGCACUUUUCAG